AUGCUUCAAGCACUCGGAGGGCCUGUGCCCCCAAACACUGACCAUGCUGUCAGUGUAUCACUACCGACAUGGAGGUCCAACAUUGGGUACGAGGAGGGAGAGGAAUGGGUCAUCGGCAAGAUGCAAUGCGGUUAUCCUCGAUUCUUCGUACACCCUAGCAUUCAGAAGCUCGCCCAAGAAAUCGUUCGUCGCGUCGGAGAUCCCGAGUCGGAAACUGCCACCCUUUUCGCAACCCUCAAGACCGCGCGUAUCUGCGAGUCGUUCAUCGUGUCCAAGGUCUCUGCUGAAGAGGCACAAAAGGUUCGGAUCGUGACCUUUGUGCCCUCCUCGCAAGCCGGUGAAGGAGCAACCGCAGUUACCUCGUCGUUGUUCGCUGUCGUCUACAAUAAGGAAUAUGCAUCCAUUGCCAAACAGGUCUGGCAGCAUUCUGGCAACGGCAUAUCGAGUCGGCGGGGAGAGUUCUGUCUUCGUGCUUUGGAGGAUGGGUUCCUGGUGGAGGAAAAGAAGUCUGCGGCAUCGGAGUCUCUUUCACAGCGGCCCUGCAAGGGCCCUCGUCGCUACCAGGGUAAGGGAUCCAUCAGUGGAAUCUCGCGGGGCUCUUCGGCCUCGACUCCCACGUCCACGGACAGCCCUUCUGCGGCCAACGGUGCUGAAGACGGCCGAGACUACGCUCAAUUCAUUGAGGAACGCUUUGGUCGCAACCUUAGCACCGCGUUGGCUGCGCAGGCAAAGGUUGCUGUGCGGAGGCGGAUUGCCGGUGUGCUCACUGCCGAUGUUGAGCUGCCCGAGGCGCUCGAAACUACUUCGGCUGAAGGCCGAGUCUCCGGCAUCUCAGAGGAGGAUGUGUAUCUCUAUCCCUCUGGCAUGAGUGCCAUUUUCAACUCACAUCAAACAUUGUUGGCUGCCCGCGGACCCUUGAAGAGCAUCUGUUUCGGCUUCCCUUAUACCGACACCCUGAAGAUUCUACAGAAAUGGGGACCAGGCUGCUUGUUCUAUGGCCACGGCUCAUCAGAGGACCUGGAUGAUCUCGAGUCACGACUGAAGAAUGGCGAACGUUUCCUUGGGCUUUUCACCGAAGCGCCAGGCAAUCCUCUGCUCAAGACUCCAGAUCUCGUCCGGAUCAGAGGUUUGGCUGACAAGUAUGGCUUUGCCGUGGUUGUUGAUGAAACUAUCAGCAAUUUCCUCAAUAUCAAUGUCCUUCCACAUGCCGAUAUCGUCGUCAGCAGUUUGACAAAGAUUUUCAGUGGAGACAGCAAUGUCAUGGGUGGUAGUGGAGUACUAAACCCGCAAGCACCAUUCUAUAAGUUGCUGAAGGACACCUUGAACCGCGAGUUUGAGGAUCUUUACUGGGCUGAAGAUGCCGUUUUCUUGGAGCGGAACAGCCGCGACUUUAUCAGCAGAAUUGACAAGAUCAACGCCACCUCCGAAGAAAUCACCGCCAUGUUGAAGGCAUCUCCGCUAGUCAAAGACGUUUACUACCCCAAAUACAGUCCAACAAGGCCUCUUUACGACAGCCUUCGUAGUCCCAACGGUGGCUACGGUGGCCUUUUCUCUGUCACAUUCCAUUCAACUGAAGGAUCCAUCGCAUUCUAUGAUACCCUUGAGGUCUUGAAGGGCCCUAGUCUCGGCACAAACUUCACCCUUAGCUCCCCAUAUGUCGUACUAGCCCAUUAUCUCGAACUUGACUGGGCGAGAUCUUUCAAUGUCGACCCUGACCUGGUCAGAAUUAGCGUCGGACUGGAGGAGGUUUCCGACUUGCGAGGCCGAUUCCAGCGGGCUCUGGAUGCAGUGGAAAAGGUCGCAAAAUAG